AUGGUGCUGCCUGGGCGGUCGUCACCGGCUGUUCGGAGGCGGUGUCUUCUCAAAAGGCGGCUGAAGCGUGAUGGCAAGCCCAAACUCACGCAGACACAGGCUGCAAAGGAAUGGCCUGAGACGAUGUGCCGAAACAUCGCCCUGGAGGCCGUCCGGGUUGGCAAUUACUAUGCAGAAGACCAGGACGAAGUGCUGGCAUACAUUGCACAGGCAAUGCUCUGCCCUGGAACAACUCCAGUUCACGCGGAGUUGCUGGCAGACAGCGAAUGGCUCCGGAAGACAGGAAAGAAGCUGAGAAGAGAAAAUGGUCUCACGAGGCGUUACACUGUUCAGGAGAUCCUCAAGAAGAAGCACGAGGCCGACGGCUUCGAUGUCUUCGUGGAUCCAGAUGAGGCCAUCCUGAUGGCAAAGAGAGCUGCCAAGGAGACCAGCGGGGAGUCCCUCGCGCCUGAGUUGACCGAUGCCGACGCUGCGGAGAUUCAGGAGGGCUUGGACCUCGUUGUCACCGCUGCUGGCUGCAGCACAGUGGGUGUGGAUGAGGUGAUGGAGCUGUUGGGGCGUGCUGUUGUGGGCGGAGAGGUUGGCGCAGCCGUGUACCUCGCGGAACACCUAGAGGCCCUGCACGAGGGAGCGCCGCCGCGAGAACUCGCCGAGAAGAUGUUCCAGGCUCUGAAGCCACUCUUACGACCCAGUGCAUCUUGCCACAAGCCAAAGUUGGCUGGGCCGUGGCAGAAGGCCCCGCCGGGAAGAUUUGGAGCGCUGAACCCCCGAAAAGGUCUGGGACGGCUGCUGGAGCGCCUUGCAGCGCUGCGGAAGCCAAAGGAUGAGGAGGCUGAGGCCAAGCAGGCCGAGGUGCACGAGGCGAUGCAGAGGCUGUGCCAGGCUCUCCAGCCAGCGAUGGCUGCAUCAGCUGGUUGUCGGAGGCGUGCCCAGUUCGCGGAAGUUAUCACGGGGGAAUGCCAGAAGAGUGGCCUGGCGGUGAGCAAUUCGCUGGCCCAGGCGCUGCUGCAGCACAUGGAGAACGAGAAUCUCCUGCAGGUGAAAGGCAGGGAGGUGACCUUGGCGAUGCGCCGGGACGAGGGCAAGGCGCUCAGCUUGAAGAGCCUGGCCACAGACUUGCCACUCCUGGAGGCCAGCGCCGACUGCCUCGUUUUGCUGGGCGCAGUUCUGCCCCAGGCAUUUUGCGGGCCAUUUGAAUGGCGCUGCACUGGCCGGAGCUCACUGGCAUCCAGGAGUUGGGCAAAGGCUCCGGAAGCAUCGGUGGCGCAGCGGGAAACUCUGGCCUGGACUCCAUGGGCGUCGGCUGUGGCGUGCAUCCUUCUCUUGUCCUCUGUGCUGCCAACCGCGGCGUUGGCGCAAGAGGAAAUGGAACAGAUGGACACGCGGUCCUUCAUCGAGAGGAAUCCUCCUGUUCCGCCCCCGGAUGAUGACAAGGCGCCUGACAUCGCCCCGGAGGAGCGACAGCGGAGACGGACAACUCCUUCCAAGCAAAUAGACAACGAGGAGUGGUAUCAAUACGGCAAAGAAGUCUUUGUCGCCAAGUGCGCAGGGUGUCAUCCCGGCGGCAUGAACCAGGUCCGUAUCUCAAAAGGACUGAACCUGGAGGACCUGGAGCGCUGGGGCUUCAUCAAGGAACCUGCCAAGAUCACGGAAAUCAUCCGCUACGGCAAGGGCAGCAUGCCGGGCUACGCCAAGGACUGCCCGGAGAAAAGUGGAUACGAGCAAUGUGGUGUGGUGGUGCCUUUGGACGAGGCAACCCUCAUAGACGUGGAAGACUUCAUGAUGAACCGGGCGAAUUCCGGUUGGAGGGGCCGCGGUUAG